CUUCUGCAGCCGCCAGGAGCGGUUAAACUCCCUCGGUCCGUCCGUGUUUAACGCACGAGACGUGGACGCCAGGCCUCCAUCUGAGCUCCGGACAGUUUUACAUCCACCCCGAGCAGAAGGUGAAGACAGACUUUAAACUGGGCGGAAUGGGGCUGUUCAACACUGGGCGCUCAACCUUCUGGAUCCUUCUGUUGUCUUCUGUGUUGGAGUGUCAUGUUUUUCUGGACCGGCGCUUAGCAGACCAGCUCUUCCGCUCCCACAGGAGACGGCGGGCCAACUCCUUCCUGGAGGAGGUGCUGCCGGGGAACCUGGAGAGAGAGUGCUACGAGGAGGCAUGCUCUCAGGAGGAGGCCGCCGAGAUUUUCCAAAGCCGGGAGAAGACGUUGGAGUUUUGGUACAGAUAUGCAAGGUUGAACCCGUGUGCUGCCAACCCGUGUCUGAAUGGAGGAAUCUGUACGCUGGACCGAGGCAACUUCCUGUGUCUCUGUCCUCCGCAGUACGACGGCAGAAUCUGCGGCAUCGAGGUACUGCAGUGUGAAUAUAGAAAUGGAGGCUGUCUGCAUUACUGUGAAGAGCAGAAUCAGCUCAGCAAAAGGGAGGUUCUCUGUGGCUGUGCAGACGGAUAUAAACUGGACCGUGACGGACGCGGCUGUUCAAAAACAGUGGAGUUUCCGUGUGGCAAGAAUUUGGAAGACUUGUUUUAUCACCGGUCUGAGACCCUGGAGACAGACGCCACCAUGGAGAACAGGAACGUGUCGGUGGACGGGGUCAACGUGACGCGUCAGGGACCAGAGGGAAUGCUGGGAGAGAGAGGGGCGAACGAGACCUGGUCUUUGGAGGAGGAGGAGGAGGAGGAAGACGACUCUCCGACUCGGAUAGUCGGGGGUCUCCUGGAGAAGCAGGGCGGGAGUCCCUGGCAGGUUCUGAUCCAUAGAGCCGAUGGCUACGGGUUCUGUGGUGGUGCUCUGGUGUCAGACCGUUGGGUCGUCUCUGCUGCUCACUGCUUUCAGGAGAAGCCGGACCACGUCACUGUAGGAAACUAUGACAAGCUUCGUCCCGACCCUGGCGAGCAGCAGAUCAAAGUGGAGAAGGUGUUUGUCCAUCCACACUUCCACGCCUACACCUACGACAGCGACAUCGCCCUGCUGUACCUGGCCCACGCCACGGUCCGCUCCCCUGCCGCCAUCCCCGUCUGCCUGCCCAACGUCCGCCUCUCCAAAUACCUCCUGAAGGUUGACAACAGGGGCGUGGUGACAGGUUGGGGGGCCAUGCAGUACCUGGGCAGAUCCUCCCCGUUCCUCAGGAAGGUGGUGCUCCCAGUGGUCAGCCAGAAGAACUGCAGGCUCUCCACAGAACAGGUGGUGACAGAAAAUAUGUUUUGCGCUGGAUACCUGGAUAUCGCCAUGGAUGCCUGCAGUGGGGACAGCGGCGGCCCCUUCGUGGUGAACUUCCGUGAGACCUGGUUCCUGGCUGGGGUGGUGAGCUGGGGGGAGGAAUGUGCCGCCAAGGGGAAGUAUGGCGUCUACACACGUCUGGGAAACUACCUGGACUGGAUCCGAGACACCAUGGAGACACAGGAAGCUAACCGCACCGCAGCGGAAGGACCAAACUCUCGCCACACCUUCGGCUAACGGCACAAAUCCCCUGCCAUGGAAAUGGGUACACCUGACACGUUAACGUCUAUCAUGUCAUGCUGUACGAGUGUGGAAUGAAAGCUCUUUAUUUAAUUUUUCAUCAUUUUUAGUAAGUUUCACAUCCACAAAACUGAAUGAACUAGUUCUCAACCAUACUUUUAACAUUUUAUUGCUGAUUUAAAGUAAUAUGGUACCAUUGUUUGGAAAGUUAAAAACAAAAAAAAUCAAAGAAUACUUUUGAUAUACUGGAAGAAUUUGAUUUAAUGGCAUGGACAUCCUGCUAUGUACACAUGGGCGGCACGGUGGCCCAGUGGUUAGUACUGUUGCCACACAGCAAGAAGGUCCUGGAUUCAAAUCUCAGGCCAUCCCAGGUCCUGUCUGUGUGGAGUUUGCAUGUUCUCCCCGUGUCUGCGUGGGUUUCCUCCGGGUGCUCCGGUUUCCUCCCACAGUCCAAAGACAUGUAGGUCAGCUGAAUCGGCCUCGUUAAAAUUGUCCCUAGGUGUGAAUGUGUCGGCCCUGUGAUAGACUGGUGGCUUGUCCAGGGUGUCUCCCUGCCUGCUGCCCAAUGACUGCUGGGAUAGGGUCCAACAUCCCCGCGACCCGAAUUCGGAUAAGCAGCUUGGAUAAUGGAUGGAUGGAUAGAAGAAUUUGAAUGAAUGGCAUGACAUCGGGCUAUGUACAACUGGGGCAGCACGGUGGCCCAGUGGUUAGCACUGUUGUCUCACAGCAAGAAGGUCCUGGGUUCGAACCCCAGGCCGUCCCAGGUCCUCUCUGUGUGGAGUUUGCAUGUUCUCCCCGUGUCUGCGUGGGUUUCCUCCGGGUGCUCCGGCUUCCUCCCACCAUCAAAAAGACAUGCAUGUUAGGGUCAAUACUCCUGCCUGUGCCCCUGAGCAAGGCACUGGAAAGGAGAACUGGAGUUGGUCCCCGGGUGCUGCAGCUGCCCACUGCUCCUAUACAAUAGGAUGGUUACAUGCAGACGACACAUUUCAUUGUAACCUGUACAAUGACAAAAUAAAGUGGCUU